AUGAAUGCUCCUCCUGCUUUGCGUCGGUGUUUAUGGUGUUCUCGUUGGACUUUGAGGAGGAGGAGGAUAAAGACCGUUACGACUGCCUCGCUGCCGCCGCCAGUGACGAGGAUGAUGUCCAAUACUAUCAACACAAAGCGCGACUCCUCCGUCAUCAUCGCCGAGGCUUCCUCCUCUCCUUUCUCGUGCGCGAUGACCACCGCCGAGGGGUCCUCCGAACCGGAGAAUUGGAGGACGAACAGAAGGAGCGCGGACGACGAGACGGAUGAGAAAGAAGGUGGUAUCUCGGUUGUUUGGCAGACUUUAGGGAAACCAACGUUGAUGAAAAUAAUCAGCUCGGUCUAUAUACUCGGGGUGCCUUCGUUGCUGAGCGUUUUGUGCGAACCGGCGAUUGGAUGCACGGAAAGCUUACUGGUUGGGAGAGUUGGCAUGGUGUACUUAGCCGCCAUCGCGCCGUCGUCGGUGAUGUUUUGGUUGAUCGAGGAGGUGUGUUUCGCGUUGAGCGUCGGGGUGACGACGGCGGUGAGCGAAGCGAGCGCGGCGAGGAGUUUGAUUUCGUUAGAUGAGCUGGACGAGGUAGGAGGAGAAAAAGAAGGAGAAAAAGAAAAGGAAAUGAGUAAACGACGACAACAAGGGAAUCAAGAGUUCGUGGUCACCGAAGAGACGAGAGAAAUUGUGCAAGCGAGCGUGUUAGCCGCGUUUGGGUUAGGCAUCGCGUUCGCGCUCGCGAUGCAAUUCAUGUACGCGCCGGCGAUGCGAAUAUUGGGCGUAUCUGGUGACGCUUUGAGACUCGGGAGAUUAUACACGGCCAUUCGAUGUUUCGGGUUGCCUUUCUUCGCCGUCGGCGUGACCUUUGAGGGCGCGUACAUGGGUGAACGAGACGGGAUGACGCCAUUAUGCGCGUUUGGAUUAGCCAUGUUAGCGACGGUGGUUCUUCAAGUCGCGUUGAUUCAUCCCAGUUACGGAGGUUUGGCUUCUGUUAUCGGUGCCGGUACCGCAAUGAGUGUAGGACAACUCGUCGCGGCUGGAUUUCUCUUGGUCAGCGCGAACAAUCGAGGCUUCUUUAACAUCUCCCAAACCGUUCGCCGAAGCUCCAAAGAUUUACCGAAACUGCUGAUGAAAGCGAUUAACCUUCUCAACAAGUCCGACGUCACCGAUUCCACCCUCUGGCUUUUCUGCGGUUCCGCCUCGCGAAUGCUGGUCUAUACUUUGUGCACCGCGCUGGCAACGCAAAUAGGUGUCAUCGCCGCUGCGAGUAACAAAUACGCGCUCGAUAUAUACUUCUUCGUCUGUUACCUCAUCGAACCGUUGUUCACGCUCGGCACCGUCCUCCUACCAAAAAAACUGAAAACGAACAAAAUUGAAGCGUGUUGGAUGCGCAGCAUCCUCUUCUGCUUAGCCAUUCUCUCCGCGAUCAUCCUGUGCUGCGUCGCCUCCAUCACCAUCUCCGCCGCCGGUCACUUCAACCUCAUCGAACCCGAACUGGUGAAAUCCUUAGCCUCGGUCAAACCGUACGUCGUCGCCUCCGUCGGCGUCGGCUCCUUCACCUACGCCGCCGACGGCAUCCGCAUAGGCAUGGGCGGCGCCAAAUACGUCGGCAAAACCCAAAUGUUCAAUCUCCUCCUCACCGUCGCUUUAGCCGCGUGGAUGAAACUAUACUCGCCAGGAAGCGCGAGCAUGACCUUGAAUCACGUCUGGACGCUCAUGGUCUCGUUUCAGUUUCUCAGAGUCUGUCAGCACGUCUACGCGAGCGCGAAAAGCGACAAAGAGUUGUUAACGACGACGGAAGGAGAAGAAGGACUCGAAAUAAAAGAACUCGGGGACGGAAGGGAGAACAGUCGAUGA